GUAAAUUGCAAAAGUAUUCUCAAUUUAAAUAUUUUACAUAAUUUUUAUAUUUUUUAAAUAUAUUUAUUCAGAAAUUAAAAUUUUGGCACAAAAUCCAUUAUAGCAAAAUUAUAUAUACUUUAAAAACAAUGCCUAGGCUUAAGAAUCUGAAAAGGUCAGUUCCAGAAAUCAGAAAGGUUGAAUCAUCACUUCCUUCCAGUAUACGAAGCUGUUGCCACAUACCCAAACUGGGUGAUGAAAAUAUAAGACAAAAGUACAAAAGUGUGUACAGAAAAGUGCAAAAAGAGUACAUACAAGAUAUAGAGUUCUACCAAAAUGUCUUGAGCAAUUUCAUGCGAAUACCGCGAAGUGCGUUUAAGCCCUUAUCCUCGGAAGAAGGGGCAACAAAUGAAAAGAACGACGAUUCUUUAAACUAUGAACCGAAAACAUUUACAGAAGAGUAUUGUCGAAAUCACAAGUCAUCGAAAAUAGAAUUCCAGCAUCGGCUAAAAGCAAUAGUAGAUCGGACGCAUAAGGUUAAAAGUAAACAACUCUUACAAGAGGUUGAGGAGAAAGAAAAAUCGUUAAUGUAUUAUUGUUAUGUGGCCACCGUACCACCUUUAAUUGGAGCCUUAGGCUGGUACUUUUGGUGAAAUAAUGAUUUCGAAUGUUUAGUGGAAAAUAUUAACAAUAAUAACAAAAACUAAUUUAGCAUACUAAAUGAUCUAAUCAUAGUAAACUAAAUUUGUUGUUGUUAUUAUCUUUAAUAUAGAACCACAUUUGACGAAAAUCAAAAAUAAUUUUUAUUAUGUUUCAUAUAUAUAAUAUUACGGGCUAAUGCUGGAACUGAGUGUCAAAUAAAUAGUAGAUAUUUUCAUUUAAAUUCGAAGUUAACAUAUUCUGAAUGGAGCAUUUUGAGAUCUAAAAUAAAGCUUUUCAAAUAAA